AUGGCAGCAAAUAACUACCAAUGGGCCAAUGAGAGAGGUAAUACAAGACGUCAUGCAGGUAUGAUAGAAAUGGACACUCUCAAUAUGCUGAGUGCUCAAAUGAAUAAUGUGAUGAAGUUGCUAAGUAGACAAGGUGGAGUUGGUCCAAGUUCAUCUAAUGCACAUGUAGCAUGUUGUUCUAUAUGUGGAGGUGAACAUGAUACUAAUGAGUGUGUUGAUUUUGAGCAGGUACAAUUCGUUAAUAAUUAUAAUCGUAAUGCUCAAAAUAACCCCUACUCGAAUACUUACAAUCCGGGGUGGAGAAAUCAUCCAAAUUUUGGAUGGAAGGACCAAGGAAAUCAACCAAGGCCAGCCAAUCCACCGGGAUUUCAAUCAAGGCAACAACAAGUUGAAACCAAACCUGGUUGGGAGAUCGCUGUGGAAACGCGUGCUAAGGUUACUUCGGAUAGAUUCGAGCGAGUUGAGGGGCGGCUGGACCAAUUGGCUGGGAUGUAUAGAAAUUUGGAGAUUCAAAUUGGUCAAAUUGCCAAUGCGAUCAACAACAGAAACCCUGGUGAAUUGCCGAGUAAAACCGAAGUGAAUCCGAGAGAGCAAGUCAAUGCUAUCACUCUUAGAAGUGGUAAAAUGGUUGAGGGACCUAACUCUAGUAAUUCAAGUGGUGAAAAAGAUAAGGAGCAAGCAUAUGGAGGAGUAAAACCAAGCCAAAAUGAUAAUAUUCCCUCUUAUGCGCGUUUCUUGAAAGAUAUCAUGUCAAGAAAGAGGAAAAUUGUAGAUAAUGAGAUGAUAGUAUUAACGGAAGAGUGUGCAAGUGUGUCACUUAUGCCAUUAUCGGUUGCCCGGAGGUUGGGACUUCAAGAGUUGAAAGCUACCAAUAUCAUAUUGCAGUUGGCGGAUCGGUCAAUCACACAUCCAAUUGGUAUUUUGGAAAAUGUGCUCAUAAGUGUAAGACAAUUUAUAAUACCUGUGGAUUUUGUUGUCUUAGAUAUUGAGGAAGAUGUGAGAAUGCCAAUUAUUCUAGGACGACCGUUUUUAGCCACCGCACGAACUAUAAUUGAUGUGGAAAAAGGUAAGCUUAUACUACGGGUUAAUGGUGAGGAAUUGGAAUUCAAUUUGGAUAAUAAAGAAGGGAGUAUAGAGCCUAUUGUUCUUGUUUCUAAUAUGCCAUGUGAUGAAAAGGUUAACCAAGAAAGGAACGAAGAAGUUAAAUUAUUAAAUGUUCUUGGUACUAACUUUCAUGGUGUAGGAGCAAGGGAAGAGAAGAUAAGGGUGGAAGUUGGCUUAAUAAAUUCGACACUCCAUGAAAAAAGUGGAGAAAAAUUGAGCCAACUCGAAAAAGACAAGCAAAUUCCACUCCAAGGUGAAGUCGAGCCUUUAUAUGACAAGUCUAAUACUCCUCCUUGGCAUUUGAGGAAAUUGGACUAUGGAGAUCAAUGCAUGGCUCACCACAUGGUGGAUUGGCUCGAAAGUUUCGACCCAUGGGGAGAAAAUCGCUCCUUAAUGUUCUAA